GUCAGACUCCAUCUUGUUGCUCUGGCUGCUGAACAGACUCUGAGAUGGCGCCUGAAGCAGUUUCCCUCUCUCCCAGAGACUGCUUCUUCUACUGCUCACUGUUCAUUAUCUUACAGUUCAUCAAACUAUCACCAGCAGGAACUCAUCUGCACACAGGGCAAGACUUCCUACAGAACCCUUCAAAAUAAAAGCCUCUCACACUUUUAUUCUGAAGGCUGCUCCUCACCUCUGCAGUCAGUGACCUCUGCAGCUUCACAGCUUUGGAACGGGGAAUCAGAAAUCCUUCUGCUGAUCAGGCUCUAAAGAUCAGAACCAGAACCAGAACUGGGAUCUGCUUUGGUGCAUGCUGCAGAGACACAGAGUGGAGAGCUGUGCAGGUCUGUAGAGAGCGGGUGUGGACCAGGACCAGAUGCACCCUGGAGGUUCAGGAGUCAGAGCAGCAACAGGAAACCAGAGAGAACACUCAGGACAGUGAAAGAGCAAAUCAAGAAUACACAUGUAUGAAUGAUCAACCUAACACCAGGCUCAACAUGGAUCCAGAUCCAGGUCUCACCAUCGUCCUCUUGGGAAACACCGGCGUUGGUAAGAGUGCUUCAGGAAACACCAUCCUGGGACGCCCGGCGUUUGAGUCCAGACAGACCCUGACUCCCGUGACACAGCAGAUCUCCGAGGCCACCGAGACUGUGUUUGGGAAGCAGGUCUCUGUGGUGGACACCCCGGGGAUCCUGGGCUCAGAGCUGCUGAUCCGGGCCUGGUGCCAUGAGCUCCGGGUCUCCGGCAGAGAGAUCCUGUUCCUGCUGGUGUUCGGCAUGGGACGCUUCACCAGAGAGCAGGGGAAAGUUCUGGUGGCGGCUGGCAGGGUCUUCGGACCACAGGACUUCAACCGGUGCUUCCUGCUGUUCACAGGAGGGGACACCUUAGAGGGCCGGUCCCUGGAGGACUUCAUCUUUGAAGACGAGGACACUGAAGCUCAAUGUUCGACAUUCUCCAAUAGAUAUCAUCUGUUUGACAACCAGACCGGAGGGCGAGAACAAGUCCGGGAGCUGCUGGAGAAGACCGGCCACCUCCGAGCCCAGAACCCCCCCCCACCAGGUGUCUUGCAGCCGGUCCGGUCGGAGGAGGUGAGGCUGGUUCUGCUCGGUCCUCCUGGAGCAGGACGCAGCUCCUCGGGGAACACCAUCCUGGGGUCGCUUCAGUUUGAGUCGGACUGUGGCUUUAACCCCGUCAGCACUGAGUCGGUCUGCCGGUCUGCUGGGGUGGGGGGGCGUCAGGUCACUGUAGUGGACACUCCAGGAAUCAAAGCUGGAGGCCUGUCUCCUGAACAGCUGUCUGGGGAGAUCAUGAAGUCCAUAAAGAAGGCGAGUCCAGGACCGCACGCCUUGGUCCUGGUGCUCAGGUUGGGCAGCAUCAGCUCAGCAGAUGUGGCUCUGUUUGAGAACAUGAAGCAGCUGCUCAGAGGCCCGGCCCUGAGGCACUCCAUGGUGCUCUUCACUCACGGAGACAAGUUAGGAGGGCAGUUGAUUAGGGAUCUGAUCCGGUCCAACAGUCCUGUCUAUGAGCUGGUCUCCAUGUGUGGAGGUAGAUACUGUGUGUUCGACAACACAAGGAGAAGCAGACAGCAGGUCAGAACCUUCCUGGGUCAGAUAGAGGAGCUGGUCUCAGCUAACGGAGGACAGCCCUGCACCGAGGAGAUGAUCCGGAGGCCUCGGAGAGGAAGGGUUCUCGGAGCGUUAGCUAGCGUCUGGCGGGCUUUAAAGCAGCCAAAGUACUGGUUCUUUGGGAUCAUUUCAGUGGGCCUGUUGCUGUAUGCAGUCAGCACAGUUUACACCCGGAUCACUCAGUCAGAACCAGAAGUCCUUCCUUAGUCCUGCAGCGAGCUGUACCGGGGGGUAGCGGGUAGAAAAGACAGCAAUAAAACAGAGAAGCGGACAUUAGUAAUAAAAUAAAGACCAAUCAGAAAGACCGUGGCUAAAGAUGCGGAGGGUGAAGUCGGCCGGCUACGUCGCAUGAUGAAGCCGGCGAUUUUGGGCUGAGUUUUUCGAUCCAUUUGGCUGUGAACAUUGCGAGAGAAAAUUACGUGCAAAUGUCAAAGGCAGGCUAGGCUAUAAUAAUAUAGCCACGUGUAAACGUUAAACACAAUUAGCCUUGAUAAGAAAACAUUACGCUUAUCCAGGUAGCCUACUAGUGAACAGUUGACAGACUAUUAUUAGACUAGUUUAGAAUUCAAUAAUAAUCUUACCUUGAUACGACAGGUUGUCAGCCAUCCAAAUAGUAGAUACGACAGGUUGUCAGCUAUCCAAAUAGUAGAUUCGACAGGUUGUCAGCUAUCCAAAUAGUAGAUUCGACAGGUUGUCAGCCAUCCAAAUAGUAGAUUCGACAGGUUGUCAGCCAUCCAAAUAGUAGAUUCGACAGGUUGUCAGCCAUCCAAAUAGUAGAUUCGACAGGUUGUCAGCUAUCCAAAUAGUAGUCUUUCCGAAAAAUGCUGGUUUUGAAGGAUGUUGGUCGAACGAUGAUAGCACAAUGACAUAUACCACUAGAUGCCGCUGUUCGGACGCAUCACGCGAUUCAGAGGCAUAUUCAGAGGCAUAUUUGGAGGCAUAUUCAGAGGCAUAUUCAGAGGCAUAUUCAGAGGCAUAUUUGGAGGCAUAUUUGGAGGCAUAUUUGGAGGCAUAUUCAGAGGCAUAUUCAGAGGCAUAGCCCCACAUUUUAAAACCUUUCUUUUAUUUGUUUUUGUUUUUUAUUUUAAAAUGCGUUCUGCAGAGAAGAUAGACUGUCAGUCACGGUUUGGAAUGAAAGGUAGAAAACAUGAAAGAGUAAAACGGCGAGUAUCGCUAUAGGCCUAUAUCAUUUUUAUUUUUUCUGGAGACGUGACGUUAGUCAAGGCGGCAACCCCGUGUUGUUAAGGCGGCCGCCUUAACAGGAAAGCGCUGUGGGAAACCCUGCUGAGGGACAGCAGAUUAAAGACCUGAGGGACAGAGACCUGAGGGACAGCAGAUUAAAGACCUGAGGGACAGCAGAUUAAAGACCUGAGGGACAGCAGAUUUAAGACCUGAGGGACAGCAGAUUAAAGACCUGAGGGACAGAGACCUGAGGGACAGCAGAUUAAAGACCUGAGUGACAGAGACCUGAGGGACAGCAGAUUAAAGACCUGAGGGACAGCAGGUUUAAGACCUGAGGGACAGCAGAUUAAAGACCUGAGGGACAGAGACCUGAGGGACAGCAGAUUAAAGACCUGAGAGACAAAGACCUGAGGGUCAGCAGAUCAAAGACCUGAGGGACAGCAGAUUAAAGACCUGAGAGACAGCAGAUUAAAGACCUGAGAGACAAAGACCUGAGGGUCAGCAGAUCAAAGACCUGAGGGACAGCAGAUCAAAGACCUGAGGGACAGCAGAUUAAAGACCUGAGAGACAACAGAUUAAAGACCUGAGUGACAAAGACCUGAGGGACAGCAGAUUAAAGACCUGAGGGACAGCAGAUCAAAGACCUGAGGGACAGCAGAUUAAAGACCUGAGAGACAACAGAUUAAAGACCUGAGUGACAAAGACCUGAGGGACAGCAGAUUAAAGACCUGAGGGACAGCAGAUUAAAGACCUGAGAGACAGCAGAUUAAAGACCUGAGGGACAGCAGAUCAAAGACCUGAGGGUCAGCAGAUCAAAGACCUGAGGGACAGCAGAUCAAAGACCUGAGGGACAGCAGAUUAAAGACCUGAGAGACAACAGAUUAAAGACCUGAGUGACAAAGACCUGAGGGACAGCAGAUUAAAGACCUGAGGGACAGCAGAUUAAAGACCUGAGAGACAGCAGAUUAAAGACCUGAUGGACAGCAGAUUAAAGACCUGAGGGACAGCAGAUUAAAGACCUGAGGGACAAAGACCUGAGGGACAGCAGAUUAAAGACCUGAGGGACAGUAGAUUAAAGACCGGAGGGACAGCAGAUUAAAGACCUGAGGGACAGCAGAUUAAAGACCUGAGGGACAGCACAUUAAAGACCUGAGGGACAGAGACCUGAGGGACAGCAGAUUAAAGACCCGAGGGACAGCAGAUUAAAGACCCGAGGGACAGCAGAUUAAAGACCCGAGGGACAGCAGAUUAAAGACCCGAGGGACAGCAGAUUAAAGACCCGAGGGACAGCAGAUUAAAGACCUGAGAGACAGAGACCUGAGAGACAGCAGAUUAAAGACCGGAGGGACAGAGACCUGAGGGACAGCAGAUUAAAGACCUGAGAGACAAAGACCUGAGGGUCAGCAGAUCAAAGACCUGAGGGACAGCAGAUUAAAGACCUGAGAGACAGCAGAUUAAAGACCUGAGAGACAGAGACCUGAGAGACAGCAGAUUAAAGACCGGAGGGACAGAGACCUGAGGGACAGCAGAUUAAAGACCUGAGAGACAAAGACCUGAGGGUCAGCAGAUCAAAGACCUGAGGGACAGCAGAUUAAAGACCUGAGAGACAGCAGAUUAAAGACCUGAGAGACAAAGACCUGAGGGUCAGCAGAUCAAAGACCUGAGGGACAGCAGAUCAAAGACCUGAGGGACAGCAGAUUAAAGACCUGAGAGACAACAGAUUAAAGACCUGAGUGACAAAGACCUGAGGGACAGCAGAUUAAAGACCUGAGGGACAGCAGAUUAAAGACCUGAGAGACAGCAGAUUAAAGACCUGAUGGACAGCAGAUUAAAGACCUGAGGGACAGCAGAUUAAAGACCUGAGGGACAAAGACCUGAGGGACAGCAGAUUAAAGACCUGAGGGACAGUAGAUUAAAGACCGGAGGGACAGCAGAUUAAAGACCUGAGGGACAGCAGAUUAAAGACCUGAGGGACAGCACAUUAAAGACCUGAGGGACAGAGACCUGAGGGACAGCAGAUUAAAGACCUGAGGGACAGCAGAUUAAAGACCCGAGGGACAGCAGAUUAAAGACCCGAGGGACAGCAGAUUAAAGACCGGAGGGACAGCAGAUUAAAGACCCGAGGGACAGCAGAUUAAAGACCCGAGGGACAGCAGAUUAAAGACCCGAGGGACAGCAGAUUAAAGACCUGAGAGACAGAGACCUGAGAGACAGCAGAUUAAAGACCGGAGGGACAGCAGAUUAAAGACCUGAGAGACAGAGACCUGAGGGACAGCAGAUUAAAGACCUGAGAGACAAAGACCUGAGGGUCAGCAGAUCAAAGACCUGAGGGACAGCAGAUUAAAGACCUGAGAGACAGAGACCUGAGGGACAGCAGAUUAAAGACCGGAGGGACAGAGACCUGAGGGACAGCAGAUUAAAGACCUGAGAGACAAAGACCUGAGUGUCAGCAGAUCAAAGACCUGAGGGACAGCAGAUUAAAGACCUGAGAGACAGCAGAUUAAAGACCUGAGAGACAAAGACCUGAGGGUCAGCAGAUCAAAGACCUGAGGGACAGCAGAUCAAAGACCUGAGGGACAGCAGAUUAAAGACCUGAGAGACAACAGAUUAAAGACCUGAGUGACAAAGACCUGAGGGUCAGCAGAUUAAAGACCUGAGGGACAGCAGAUUAAAGACCUGAGAGACAGCAGAUUAAAGACCUGAGGGACAGCAGAUUAAAGACCUGAGGGACAGCAGAUUAAAGACCUGAGGGACAGCAGAUUAAAGACCUGAGAGACAGAGACCUGAGAGACAACAGAUUAAAGACCUGAGAGACAGACAGCAGAUUAAAGACCUGAGAGACAGACAGCAGAUUAAAGACAUGAGAGACAGACAGCAGAUUAAAGACCUGAGAGACAGACAGCCGAUUAAAGACCUGAGAGACAGACAGCCGAUUAAAGACCUGAGGGACAGCAGAUUAAAGACCUGAGGGACAGCAGAUUGAAGACCUGAGGGACCGCAGAUUAAAGACCUGAGAGACAGACAGCAGAUUAAAGACAUGAGAGACAGACAGCAGAUUAAAGACCUGAGAGACAGACAGCAGAUUAAAGACCCGAGGGACAGCAGAUUAAAGACCUGAGACACAAAGACAUGAGGGACAGCAGAUUAAAGACCUGAGAGAUAGACAGCAGAUUAAAGACCUGAGAGACAGCAGAUUAAAGACCUGAGAGACAGACAGCAGAUUAAAGACCUGAGAGACAGACAGCAGAUUAAAGACCUGAGAGACAGACAGCAGAUUAAAGACCUGAGAGACAGACAGCAGAUUAAAGACCUGAGAAACAGACAGCAGAUUAAAGACCUGAGAGACAGACAGCAGAUUAAAGACCUGAGAGACAGACAGCAGAUUAAAGACCUGAGAGACAGACAGCAGACAGAGACCUGAGAGACAGACAGCAGAUUAAAGACCUGAGAGACAGACAGCAGACAGAGACCUGAGAGACAGACAGCAGAUUAAAGACCUGAGAGACAGACAGCAGACAGAGACCUGAGAGACAGACAGCAAAUUAAAGACCUGAGAGACAGACAGCAGAUUAAAGACCUGAGAGACAGACAGCAGAUUAAAGACCUGAGAGACAGACAGCAGAUUAAAGACCUGAGAGACAGACAGCAGACAGAGACCUGAGAGUCAGACAGCAGAUUAAAGACCUGAGAGAAAGACAGCAGAUUAAAGACCUGAGAGACAGACAGCAGACAGAGACCUGAGAGACAGACAGCAGAUUAAAGACCUGAGAAACAGACAGCAGAUUAAAGACCUGAGAGACAGACAGCAGAUUAAAGACCGGAGAAACAGACAGCAGACAGAGACCUGAGAGACAGACAGCAGAUUAAAGACCUGAGAAACAGACAGCAGACAGAGACCUGAGAGACAGACAGCAGACAGAGACCUGCGAGACAGACAGCAGACAGAGACCUGAGAAACAGACAGCAGACCGAGACCUGAGAGACAGACAGCAGACAGAGACCUGAGAGACAGACAGCAGAUUAAAGACCUGAGAAACAGACAGCAGACAGAGACCUGCGAGACAGACAGCAGACAGAGACCUGAGAGACAGACAGCAGAUUAAAGACCUGAGAGACAGACAGCAGACAGAGACCUGAGAGACAGACAGCAGAUUAAAGACCUGAGAGACAGACAGCAGAUUAAAGACCUGAGAGACAGACAGCAGAUUAAAGACCUGAGAGACAGACAGCAGACAGAGACCUGAGAGACAGACAGCAAAUUAAAGACCUGAGAGACAGACAGCAGAUUAAAGACCUGAGAGACAGACAGCAGAUUGAAGACCUGAGAAACAGACAGCAGAUUAAAGACCUGAGAGACAGACAGCAGACAGAGACCUGAGAGACAGACAGCAAAUUAAAGACCUGAGAGACAGACAGCAGAUUAAAGACCUGAGAGACAGACAGCAGAUUAAAGACCUGAGAGACAGACAGCAGAUUAAAGACCUGAGAGAAAGACAGCAGAUUAAAGACCUGAGAGACAGACAGCAGACAGAGACCUGAGAGACAGACAGCAGAUUAAAGACCUGAGAAACAGACAGCAGAUUAAAGACCUGAGAGACAGACAGCAGACAGAGACCUGAGAGACAGACAGCAGAUUAAAGACCUGAGAGACAGACAGCAGAUUAAAGACCUGAGAGACAGACAGCAGAUUAAAGACCUGAGAGACAGACAGCAGAUUAAAGACCUGAGAGACAGACAGCAGACAGAGACCUGAGAGACAGACAGCAGACAGAGACCUGAGAGACAGACAGCAGAUUAAAGACCUGAGAAACAGACAGCAGACAGAGACCUGAGAGACAGACAGCAGACAGAGACCUGCGAGACAGACAGCAGACAGAGACCUGAGAAACAGACAGCAGACCGAGACCUGAGAGACAGACAGCAGACAGAGACCUGAGAGACAGACAGCAGAUUAAAGACCUGAGAAACAGACAGCAGACAGAGACCUGCGAGACAGACAGCAGACAGAGACCUGAGAGACAGACAGCAGACAGAGACCUGAGAGACAGACAGCAGAUUAAAGACCUGAGAAACAGACAGCAGACAGAGACCUGAGAGACAGACAGCAGAUUAAAGACCUGAGAAACAGACAGCAGACAGAGACCUGCGAGACAGACAGCAGACAGAGACCUGAGAGACAGACAGCAGACAGAGACCUGAGAGACAGACAGCAGACAGAGACCUGAGAGACAGACAGCAGACAGAGACCUGAGAGACAGACAGCAGACAGAGACCUGGGAGACAGACAGCAGAUUAAAGACCUGAGAAACAGACAGCAGACAGAGACCUGAGAGACAGACAGCAGACAGAGACCUGAGAGACAGACAGCAGAUUAAAGACCUGAGAGACAGAUAGCAGACAGAGACCUGAGAAACAGACAGCAGACAGAGACCUGCGAGACAGACAGCAGACAGAGACCUGAGAGACAGACAGCAGACAGAGACCUGAGAGACAGACAGCAGACAGAGACCUGAGAGACAGACAGCAGACAGAGACCUGAGAGACAGACAGCAGACAGAGACCUGAGAGACAGACAGCAGACAGAGACCUGAGAGACAGACAGCAGAUUAAAGACCUGAGAAACAGACAGCAGACAGAGACCUGAGAGACAGACAGCAGACAGAGACCUGAGAGACAGACAGCAGACAGAGACCUGAGAGACAGACAGCAGAUUAAAGACCUGAGAGACAGACAGCAGACAGAGACCUGAGAGACAGACAGCAGACAGAGACCUGAGAGACAGACAGCAGACAGAGACCUGAGAGACAGACAGCAGAUUAAAGACCUGAGAAACAGACAGCAGACAGAGACCUGAGAGACAGACAGCAGACAGAGACCUGAGAGACAGACAGCAGAUUAAAGACCUGAGAGACAGACAGCAGACAGAGACCUGAGAAACAGACAGCAGACAGAGACCUGAGAGACAGACAGCAGACAGACACCUGAGAGACAGACAGCAGACAGAGACCUGAGAGACAGACAGCAGACAGAGACCUGGGAGACAGACAGCAGACAGAGACCUGAGAGACAGACAGCAGACAGAGACCUGAGAGACAGACAGCAGAUUAAAGACCUGAGAGACAGACAGCAGACAGAGACCUGAGAGACAGACAGCAGACACGAGACCUGAGAGACAGACAGCAGACAGAGACCUGAGAGACAGACAGCAGAUUAAAGACCUGAGAGACAGACAGCAGACAGAGACCUGAGAGACAGACAGCAGAUUAAAGACCUGGGAGACAGACAGCAGACAGAGACCUGAGAGACAGACAGCAGAUUAAAGACCUGAGAGACAGACAGCAGACAGAGAACUGAGAGACAGACAGCAGACAGAGACCUGAGAGACAGACAGCAGAUUAAAGACCUGAGAGACAGACAGCAGACAGAGACCUGAGAGACAGACAGCAGAUUAAAGACCUGAGAGACAGACAGCAGACAGAGACCUGAGAGACAGACAGCAGACAGAGACCUGAGAGACAGACAGCAGACAGAGGGACAUGCUGGGCCGUUUAUAUUAAAAAGUAGGUUUUUAUAUGAAGGAGUUUCUGGACCUCGGUCCAGCAGGUGGUCAUCUUGCAGGUUUACUGCAUCAGUCUGUAUUGUUGGUUAUACAGGAGAACCAGACCCCCCUGAGACCCCCUCUGGCCUUCUGGUCUUCAGUGUUCCCUUCAUAUUGAUUUCAUAUUGACUUCAUAUCAGAGAUUUGAUCAGAACAGAAGUUGAUACGUUUCUGCUUAGUGGUUAAAGUCUGAAGACCAAUAAACCCUGUCAUGAUGAA